ACACGCUAGAAGGUACUACCACGCAGUCGACUGCCGCUUCGCAUUUCCAUUUUCGAGCGACUUGCCUGCUCCAUCGCCAUGGAGGCAAUGGGGAAGAAGCAGCGGGAGCACGAGCUCUUCCGCGCCGCGUGCGAGGGCAACGUCCGCCUCCUCAAAAAGAUGGCGCGGUCCCUGGACUCGGGGUGCCUAGGCAUGGCCGCCGUUUUGGCGGCCGCGGUAGACGAGAACGGUGAUAGCGUUCUGCAGAUUGCUGCUACGCAUGGGCGGCUGGAUGUCUUGAGGUACCUCGUCGAGGACCUCCGCCUCGACAUCAACAAGCCCAACAACACAGGUGACACCCCACUGUGCUAUUCUGCUUUUGCUGGAAAAGCUGCUGCUACAAGAUAUCUUCUUGAUCAUGGUGCUGAUCCAUUAGUUGGUAAAUCAGUGUUACCACUCCAUGGUGCUGCAGGGGGAGGACAUUGUGAUAUUGUAGAAUUGCUGCUUUCAAGAGGAGUCGAUGUGAAUUUGGAUUCUGCUCGAGGGACGCCAUUGCAUGUAGCUGCUAUGCGGAAACAAUAUGCCACAAUGAAGAUUUUGUUAGAGAACCAUGCCAAUCCUAACAAGGUCAACCUUGAUUUUACCCCAUUGCAUUUUGUCAUAUAUGAGCCCGUGCCUUCUGAAUCGUUGCUAUGUAUGAAGCUACUGAUUAAGGCUGGUGCUGAUGUCAAUUUUGUUGACACCUGUGGUUUAACAACCAUGAUAUUUAUAGUAAAGCAUAGCUUACCUAUUCUCUUGAAGUGCUUACUAGAUGCUGGUGCGAACCCCAACAUUCCAGAUGAAUUUGGUAGAACGCCAAUUGAGUAUGCUGCGUAUAAUGGCAGAAGAGACAUGGUUGAAAUGUUAUUCCCUUUAACUUCUCCUAUUUCAAUGGUGCCAGAAUGGAGUAUUGAUGGGAUCAUUUCUCAUGUGAAAUCAUUUGGUUUGAAGCCGAAGGAUAAACGAAAGUGUGUAAAGAAAAUAAGAGAACUGAGACGGAAAGCCUCAGAGGCUUUUAAGAGAGAGGAAUACCUUAUAGCUGGACAGCUGUACAGUUGUGCAAUGGAAUUUGAUCCUAGUCCAGAUGAUUAUGCAACCUUAUUGGCAAAUAGAUGUCUCUGCUGUUUGCGCUCGGGAGAGAAUAUAGUCGGUGCUCUCAGAGAUGCUACUUGGUGCAGAAUGGCGCGACCUCGUUGGCCAAAAGCCUGCUAUCGACAAGGGGCAGCUUUUAUGUCACUGAAGGAAUACAAGAAAGCAUGUGACGCGUUUGCUGAUGGCUUGAAGCUUGAUCCUACAAGUGAUGAAAUUGCGCAUGCUUUAAGGGAAGCCCGCGAGGCUUUGAAGAAUGCUCGUUGCUCUCAGAAGUAACUGACGCAGCCCUUGUUCUGGCAGCCAUAAAUGGAGAAGUAGAGGCUCUGUUUUGUUGCUCGCACGAGAAUAGUUCAGUUGAUGUCUUAUUAUCUAGUCUAAAUACUGCUAGCAAGAACUCAAAUCUCUUGUCCUUUUGUAGACUUCAGUGGCACACAUCAUGUGUGAACAUGCCAUGGUCCAGUGAACUGCAUUAUCUUAAUACUUGGGGCGCCUUCUCGCUGGUCCUUUGCGGCUAUAUAACGAGCAAAACAAAGCCUUGUGUCUGGGCGGUGUAACGCCAUCCCUGCGCAUCUCCAUCAUCUGCUGGUUCGCCUAAAAAAAUCUGCGACUCUUUUUUUUUUUUUUGAACUGUGCGACUCUUUGUGUAGAUGCAGGGAGUAGAUGAUGAUAUACAAAUCAAACUGAUAGUGGCAGCUGCUUGGGGUCGUUGUCCGUGGAAGCGGAGGACAAGGUCACCAUCUCCGUUGCGGGCGACGCGGGGAAGGUGAUAGUACGAGCUGCAGAACUGAAGACUACAUGGAGAAAACGAGCAGAAGAGACGCCUGAGAGGCACGGAUAAGGACGGUGUGGACUCACCAGCGAAAACAGCUGUGCGCUCGGGGGCUAUGCUGGCGCGUCAUGUGGAAGCUUCCCUCCUGCGGGAAUCACCGGUGGACUCUGCUUGUGCCAUGCCGAUGUCGCUUGAGAGGGCCGCCGUCCCGCGGGGUUGCUGGUAGCAUAUGCGCGGCCUCGGCCUUGUCUGCCUCGCGCACUCUCUUUGGAAUGGGGCCUGGGGAGCUGGAGCCUUCCUGGGCUCGCUUCGCCGGGGGCUCCUUUGUCGCGGUCGCUGCAAGAGAGAUUACAAUCAACGGAAGAACCCAGUUAGAGCUGGAGGUCGGACAGGUUUACUAGGAUUCCAGCUUGAGGUCCCACAUGUUGUCGAUUUGGUCCACGAACUCCCUCCGGAUCCGAGUGUGGUGGCCAGUUUGGCCUUUGGGAGCAACAAAACCCAGUUCACUGGCACAAGUGACGGGCUCUCGGAUUUCAUGUCGUGCGCGGUGAGUGGCGCGCAUCUCUGAUGGCGACAAUAGGAGAUUAGGAAUAGGGGAGGUAACCCGGCUUCAUCGACGGCGAUGAUCGCCCGUGGUCAUGAGGAUGACGCAUCGGCUAGAUCUUGAAAUGCAACCACUAAGACCGUA